UAUUGCUUUAAAAACGCGAGGAAAGCCUUUAAAUGGACGGCAUGUUGUAUUUGUUUUGAAUGGUGUAAUUCGGGUCGAACGCUUGCGAAACAGCUUGACAGCGCUGUGGCACCUCGCCGACUUCUUUUAUGGCUCGGUAUGUCGGAUGAAGAUUCCCGUGCCAGCACAAGCUCUACUUCCUCUUCAUCCUCAACUCAGCAGCAACAACAGCAACAACAGCAGCAACAACAGCAGCAGCAGCAGCAGCAGCAGCAGGAGGCAAACCCCCCAAAGAAACGAGAAAGCAAAGCCAGCAUGAGCAAGACCUCCAAACUCCUCUCUACUAGCGCUAAAAGAAUUCAGAAGGAACUGGCUGACAUUACAUUGGAUCCACCACCAAACUGCAGCGCCGGUCCUAAAGGAGACAACAUCUAUGAGUGGAGGUCGACUAUCCUGGGCCCUCCAGGCUCCGUGUACGAGGGAGGAGUGUUUUUCCUGGACAUUGCCUUCACACCAGACUACCCCUUCAAACCACCCAAGGUGACGUUCCGUACGAGGAUCUACCACUGCAACAUUAACAGUCAGGGGGUGAUCUGUCUGGACAUCCUGAAGGACAACUGGAGUCCUGCCCUCACCAUCUCCAAGGUCCUACUGUCCAUCUGCUCCCUGCUCACUGACUGCAACCCUGCCGACCCUCUGGUUGGAAGCAUCGCCACACAGUACACAACAAACAGACCUGAACAUGACAGGAUAGCCAAACAGUGGACCAAACGCUACGCCACAUAAUCGCCAGAGCAGCUGCUGGUUGGAUGAGUUGGGGAUGUGGGGGCGUGAACUUGGGGCGGGAGGGAAGGGGGAUUUUUAUCUCAGAACUAAAGUCUUAACUCCUGACAUUUUGUUGUUUACUGUAUUUUUUAAGUUAUCUCUGGCCCAACUAUAAUCAAAUUUGGCAAUAAUGCAUUUUGUGUUUUAUUUUAUUUUUUUUUAAGCUUGUGCUUGAAGAUGGACAUUAAUACUAAACUGCUAGAUGAAACAUGUCACAGCAUGAUUCCCAGUCAGUUAUGUCAGUGUAAAAACUCACAUGCAUUAAAAGUUCCAGCUGGUGUUUGCUUCCCCCUCUAAACUCCUGGUCUUUGAAAAAGGUGUUUUAUACAUGUAGACUUGUUUAGAUAUGGAUGGAUAUUGGUUGUGAUUUGUGUUCUGUACCGAUGAAAAGCUGUUUCGUUUCUCCCUUGAAUACCUAAACAUGACCAACUGAAGCCUCCAACUUUGUUUGAUCAUUUGAAACAACUUUCAUUUUUUUUACGUCACAUUCACUUCACCACCAAAAUAAAGUUUUGAGAGAUUUAA